CAGGUUGAUACUAUCUAAAAAUGAGUCGGUUUUACGACAGCAUUGAACCAAACGCUGUUGAUGAUGAAAUGCUUGAGAAAGCCAUUAAAGAGCAAUGUCCAGAGGACAUACUACAGAUUGUCGAAAGGGAAGGUAUUAACUUUAAGGAUGUGACGAAGCUCCAGCUUAGCUUUAGAAAUAUCCUGCGGAUUGAUAAUCUGGUGCAGUUUGAGAGCCUGACUAAACUGCAGCUGGACAACAACAUCAUUGAGAAGAUAGAAGCUCUGGAGAGCCUGGUUCACCUUGUAUGGCUUGACUUGUCCUUCAACAAUAUUGAAGUAAUCGAGGGCCUGGAUACCCUUGUCAAACUGCAGGACCUCAGUCUCUACAAUAACAGAAUAUCUAAAAUUGAGAACAUGGACACAUUGCAAGAGCUGCAGAUUUUCUCCAUAGGAAAGAAUAACCUGACCACUCUGGAAGACGUGAUCUAUCUCAGGAGGUUUAAAAACUUACGCACGCUGAAUCUCACGGGGAACCCUCUCUGCGACGAGGAGCGGUAUAUGCUGUUUGUUGUUGGAUAUCUUCCAGACCUGGUGUAUUUGGACUUCAAGCUUGUGAGUGACACCACGCGAGAAGCUGCAGUUUUACAGUGUCGAGAUCGCAUUGAGCUGUUGGAACAUGAAGAGGCUCAAGCCCUGGCUCAGUUGGAAGAAAACCAAGCAAAGCAGAAAGAGCUGGAGUACCAUAAGGCAGCCUUUGUCGAGUACCUGAAUGGCUCGCUCCUGUUCGACAGUGUGUAUGCAGAUGAUGCAGAAGCUGCCAGGCUGGCGUCCCUCCCUGGAGCGGGUGAGCUGCUGGAGGCGUACAGGGAGGAAUUUGUCUCAGUUUGUAAGAACCUGUUUAACUACGGCCUGAAAGAGCAUGAAAAACGAGAAGCUGAAGUCUCUGAUUUCCACAAAAGCCUUCAGGAAGCAUUAACAGCCAACGAGCAAGAAGGCAGGAAACUAAUCCUAGACUUUGAAAGUCGGAACAAAAGGAGGCUGGAUGAGAUUGAUAAUGCCAGUGGUGAUGAUAUUGCUGAGUCUAAACGAGCCGAGUGCAGGGAGGACAUACUUCAGCUGUCAGAAGCACUCAUGACCUUGGAAAUCCUGAUAGCUGACCAGCUGGAGGAACGAAUAGAGAAUUUUAAAAGAAACAUUGGAGUCAUAGCAUCAACAUUUACUGAAAAUAUCAAAGGGAUGAUGACCCAGUGCCGGGACCUGGAAAACCGUCACCAUGCAAAGCUGCUAGAGAUCUCCGUCACCGCGCUGGAGAAAUUGGCUGAGAAUGACCUUGACGAAGAUUUGCCAGAUGAUGUUAGAACGCUUCUUGUGGACAAAAACACCAUUGUCAACGCAGUCAACACGUCCCACAGCAUCUGCCUGCAGAAGAUUGAUAAGCGAGAGAGCGACAUCCUCACCAACAUCUACCAGUGGCAGGCCUCCAUGACAGAGAAGGUUUCCCAAAAUGAGAUCGCCAGAAACCGCGACCGUGUCAAAGAGAUCACUCAUUACAUCAACACUCUCCAGAAGGAGCUGGAAAACACAGAAAACCUGGAGCCAGUGGAGUAG